AUGGGCGCCGACCAGGACCCGGAGGCCAUCACGUCGCUGUCGGACCCGGGCGCCGACGGCCUCCUCGGCUGCAGCGUCGUCGCGCAGGAGGAGGACCACUUCCUCCAGCGGAGCCGCGCGGAGUGGGAGGACGACGGCGCGCUGCACGUCCUCUGCGGCGGCCGCCGCGACUGGGCGCGCGCGGCCCGGGCCGGCGGCGCCUGGACGGCGCCCUGGCUCGGCCCGCCCCCCGACGAGGCCAUGACGCGCGCGCUCCUCGGGGGCUUCGAGGCCGCGGCCAAGCCGGGCCCCGAGGUCGCGACGCCGCCCGGGUCGCCGCGCCCCAAGGGCAAGGGCGGCGGCCCGCCGCCGGCGUCGCCCGCGACGCCGCACACGGCGGCGAUGACGGCGCCGUUGGCGCCAUCCGUGCGCACGCACGACUACCCGUCCGACUUCCUCGAGAAGUGGGCCGAGGCCGCGGGCUGCCGCGCCGUCGCCGACAAGCUGCCUCCCCACGCGAUGCCCGUGGGCGCCGCGCAGAUCUCCGCGUGCCUGGAGCACCUCGCGCCGCUGGCGCCGCGGCUGCGCCAGGUCGUCGCCGUGCCGGCCUGGGACGGCAAGCGCAUCAUCGGCUACGCGCUGCUCCACGGGCUGCCGCCGGCCUCGGCGCUCCGGAGCCGCGUUGCGGCGACGCCGCCGCCGCUCGCGCUGCCGCCGCCCGCGGAGCGCGGCGAGUCGACGAGCUCCGGCGCCGCGAGCCCGGCGCCGGACUCGGACGACGACGUCGGCUUCGCCCGCGCGCCCGCGACGCCCGCGAAGGCGGCGAACAGGGCAGGACAAGAGAGCGAAAUUCCCAACUUCAAAGCCUCAUAUCUCGGCCGCGCCGCCGUCGAGGCCGCCGCCGACGACGACGGGGUCGUCGACGAGGACCGGGUCGCCGUCGAGGACGGCGCGCCGGAGGACGACGACGAGGACGAGGAGGACGAGGAGGAGGACGACGACGACGACGACGACGACGAGGCGCGGGUGCUCGGCGGCCUCGGCGGGUCGGCCGAGGACGACGACGACGACGACCUCGACGACGACAUGGACGACCUCGACGACAUGGACGACCCGGACGGCCUCGACGACGACGACGAGUCCUUCGCGGCCCUGGCCGAGACGCUGCUCGCGCGCGCCUUACUCGGCCGCGACAAGUACGCGCCGAAGGCUUUGAUGCGCGCGGCGUCGAUGGCCGCGGAGGUCCUCGCCGCGCGGGGCAUGCCCCUGCCGCCCCUGCCCCUCCUCGCGGGCUACGCCGCGCGCCUCGCGUCCGCGUCGGCGCAGCGCGACGUCGAGGGCGUCGAGCGCGCGCUGAGCCGGUCCGCGGCCCGCGACGGCGCGCCCCAGGGGCGCGUGCUGCCCGUCGUCCUCGUCCUCGCCUUCGAGGAGAGCGUCUACGUCGUCCUCGAGGCGCGCCACGACGCGCUGCUCGAGCUGAGCUCGCCGGAGACGCUCGAGGCCUGCGGCCCCCGCGGGCGGAGCCGGUCCGACUCGGGCGCGGACCGCGACCGCGUCGUCAUCGGCUCGGAGUGCUGGACGGGCGGCGGCUUCGGCCACGUCGAGGUCAUGAUGCAGCUGCCCCAGCCCCUGCGGCUCGCCUGCGACCGGAGCUUGCUGCACCACGCGCUCCUGCAGCUGCCGCCCGCCGACGCGGCCGACGACUGCACGCCGUGGCUGACGCUCGCGCUGCUGCCCGGCGCCGACGACCUCGUCGCCGUGCCCCUGGCGGGGCUCUACGUGCGCACGGCGGCGGCGGGCGGCCUGGGCGCCUUCGGGGGCGGCCUCGCGCUCGGCGACGACGCGGGCGCGCCGCCGCCCCUCGCCGCGGCCCUGGUCGGCGACGGCGUCUCCGAGGGCCGGCCGUCGCCCGGCGGCGGCGACGACGACGAGGCGUCCGCGCGCGUCGCGCCCGAGGCCGCGGCGCCCGAGGAGCCCGAGGUCGACGACGACGACGGCGGGCCCUGGCGCGACGAGGACGACGAGGACGCGCCGCCCUGGGCGCUCGCGGACGCCGACGACGCGGCGCAGGCCGCGCCGCCGGGCCGCGCGUGGGCCGAGGCGCGCGCGGCCUACGUCGCCGCGGCCGCGCGCGUCGGCGAGCAGGCCGACUCCGCCGCGCGCGACGCCGGCCGCGCGCGCGACGGCGCCGCCGCGGCCGACGCGCCCGCGCCCGCGCCCGCGGCGCCCGAGGCGCGCGCGACGGCCCUCGAGGCGUCCGACGACGACGAGGAGAGCGACGAGCCGGAGAGGCGGGCGACAGUGUCCAGAGUGUUGAGAGGCGCGACUUCACUCUGUUGA